AUGAAUAAAAAUGAACUUUUAAACCAACUUGUAGACAAUAUGUUUAAAGGAAUCUCGAACAAUGAGAGAGAAAGGCUUGUUAAACUGUGUAAAACAUUUUGUCAAGCUCAAUUACAGUUACAUAACGCACAUGCAAUCAUUUCUUGGUCGCAUAAAUGGAAAAAACAAUUAAAACCAGAAACAACUAACGAACUAGAUGUAAUUGUUAAGAAAAUGCCAUCAGAUAAACUACAAAUCUAUCGAUUAUUAGAUCUUUUAAAAUUUACAAAGAAUACUUUUGUCAUUACUAAAGCAAAUCCAGAAUUUUCAAGAGUUACAAGAAAAUCACGUCAUUUUAUAUCAGAAAAUCAGCUAGUUAGCGAAUUAAUUUUGUUACUUAAAGGAGGAAAAUCUUCAAUUUUUACGAUACAAAACUAUCAAUAUAUGAUAGAUGGAUUGAUAAUGCCACAUCACAUAAAUUGCGUAAGUAAAAUCAUGUCUAACUGUAUUUGCAUUGAUACAUUGAAUAGUAUAAUAGGAAAAUUGUACGGUAUUGUUGGUCAAUCAGUCGAGACAGUUCUACAAAAGGAAAAGAACGAAUAUAUUACAGAGAUGCAAUCACUUACAUCAGAAAUGUCACUAUUAAAUUUAAUGGCAUACUCAUGUGGUCCUAUCAAGCAGUCAUUAGAAGCAGCUGCUUUUAUUGCAUACACUAUACUCAAUUCAGAUGAAGACGAAGAUAUUUUUUCCAUCUUAAAAAGUGCAUCGAAUCAUGGAUCUCCAGCUGUAAAUAAAGUGGCUCAAAAAUGUUUUAAUGAAGCUAAAAGCGCAUAUACAGAUAUUGUUUGCGACUGGGUUUUAUAUGGAAGACUAGCCGAUCCAUAUAAUGAAUUCUUUGUUCUUGAAAACGAAGAACAUAUCAGAAGCUGCGAUUGGUGGGAUAACCAAUACUAUAUAGAGCCUAUUCGCAUACCAUCUUUCGUUAAAAGUGAUACUCUUGCUGCUCAAAUUGCAUCAUGCGGAAGAGCAUGGAAUUUUAUUAGAUACUUCAAACGCAUUGCUAUGGAAAAUGGCGGUGCACGUGCAUCUUUGAUGCUUCAUGCACAAACAGAAAGUUUAGAAAAGAAUUUUGAUUUAAAUCUUCUUUCAAAGUAUUCGAAUGAAUCAAUGAAGAAUGUUUUAAACAUAGUUAAGAAUAUCAUAUGGCUUCCAGGUCAUAUCAAAACGAUCACAGACUUUAUUCUUCUUCGAAGAGGAGAUUUCGUUGUUUCUCUUUUUGAGAAUUUCCUUCAUGAAGGUGCUCCUAUUUCCCUUCUUGAUCAUGUCAUACGUGAUAUAUGUCAAGAUUCUGUUUACAUCAACAAGAGAACCUCAGAAAACACAACUCUUUGCAUUGAUGUAAAAAUGACUGCGAGAAACGAAAUCGACAAUUCUCCAGAAGCUGUAAUUCUCCAUUACAACGCGCCGACUGAUUUGACUUAUAUAUUGGAUGACUCAAUUAUUGAUUCAUACAUUCAAGUUGGUCGUCUCAUUUGGUCCCUCAAAUGUUGCGAAAGAAGAUUGUUGAUGAACUGGCAAAAUUCACGUUUGUCUGCAUCAUCAUUCUCAAAAAUUGAUUUCAGCGACACUAAUGUUUUACAAUCAGCAUUGAGAUUUUCAAUUAUCACUGCUGUCAGAUCUAUCUCUGAGUUCUUCACAAUGGAUGUGAUUUCAGUAAUUCAGAGAGAGUUAAUGAUCGGAAUUGAUCAAGCUGAUAACAUUGAUAAACUUUUAUCAUUGAUCAGAAUGUCAGCCAACAAAUUGAAACUUGAGACAUUCGUCACUUGCAAUAUUCAGAAAUUUAUAGAUUUUCAGAAUGCUUUAAAUAUAUUACUGAAUGUUGUCAAUGAUUAUAAUAUCAUUGAAGAAGAUUUUAUCGGAAAUCUUUCUGAACUGGAAGACAUGUUGGCUGACAAUUCAGCAGAUUUUGCGAAGCUAAUGCGAGAAUAUCGAGAAAUCAGAAGUGAGUUUAACUUCAACAUUUCAAAAUCUAAAGGCGAUUUUCAAGACGCUCUAAGAGAUUUAUAUGAACUUACACUAGUAUCUCCAGAACUUUGGAUGCUAGAAUCAAGACUUCAGUUUUGUGUUGCACACUUUAUUAAUAAAUAA